CACACUGCCCCGCCACACAUGUUUUGUUAUGCACAAAAACAACAAUGAACGACCUGUAGUUUUUGAUUUAAACAAUUUCCUUGAAAUUCGGCGCCAUGUUCGUGCUGGCUGAGCUGAAGGACAACGUGCGCAUUGCACCUGACCAGUUCCACCUGAAGCUGGUGGACGCUGUGCGCGACGAGAUCGACCGCAAGCUGGCCAACAAGGUUUUACUCAAUGUGGGCCUUUGCAUUGCUCUCAAGGAUAUCGUCUCUCUAAAGGACUCGGUUAUUUUGCCAGGUGAUGGAGCCUCUCACACGGAGGUGCUCUUUCGAUAUGUGGUCUUCCGUCCCAUGGUUGGCACUGUGCUCACGGGCAAGAUACGCAACUGCAGCCGGGAGGGUGUCCAUGUGACGCUGGGCUUCUUCGACGACAUACUCAUCCCACAUGCCGCCUUGCAGCAUCCCUCACGCUUUGACGAGGCCGAGCAGGCCUGGGUCUGGGAAUAUCCCCUGGAAGAUGGAGAAAAACACGAUUUGUUUAUGGAUGUAGGUGAACCCAUCAAGUUUCGAGUGUCGCGGGAGAUUUUCGAGGAGACCUCCCCUAUUGGACCGCCCAAGGCAGAGGCUCAGGCGCAGCAGGGAUCCAGCACAUCCUCGGCAGCGGCAGCCGCCUCUGCUGCAGCUGCUCAGGAGGUCAAGACGCCGUAUAAGAUUAUUGGUGCCAUCAAUGAGUCUGGUUUGGGCGUGCUCUCCUGGUGGGAUCAGCAGGGCAAGGAGGAGGAGCAGGACGACGAGGAGGAGGAAGAGUAUGACAACGACGAGGAUGGCGAGGGUGCAUGUGAGGAAUGACACUGAAUUUGAUAUUACACAAAUAGUUGUAAGUGGACUUAAAUAUUUUCUUUUAAAAAAGAAAGUUAGUUAUUUUUAAUGUUGAAAUAUACAAAUUAUUACAAGGAAAAUCCAUAAAAAAAAAACACAAUUUAAA